UCUGGUUUAUUUCUAGUUGGACUAGGGCCAAGGAAUUUAUCUGUCACCUACAGAUAACACUAUCAAACGCUAAUUGCGGCAGCUCGUGCACAUCAGCACAUGGGUACUAUCAUUGCCCUCUCCUAAACAUCCAUCCUUCCUUGCCUGCCUGCAGCCCUGUACCGAGUACCACCUUGCCAAAGCCGACGCUAUACUAUUCUAACCAAAGCGGAGCAAGAACUGUGAAGCUUCUUCACAUCGACCUUCUCAGGAACAAGUCACCAACACACAACAAACACGGGACUUGUUCCCCAGCUUGACCAAACCAAACUUGCCAAUAAUCAAGCUACAAGGACGGCUUUUCUUGUCCUAGCCGUCCCUUGCCGGCUGACCAAGUAGUCGUCGUUGGACCUGCAACCCUUCAAAUUAAACGUCGGCGAGCUGUGCCGCCUCAUCCAUUCUCACUCGUACCUCCAAUUCCUUUCUCCCCGGACGAGGACGACGACAAUGGCCAGCGCCACCUCCCCUCUCCUCGUCCUGCUCGCCGCCAUGGCGGUGGCCGCGCUCGUCGUGGCGCCAGUCUCUUCGGCGGUGGACCUGCCAUCCGGCUUCGCGGACAUCGCGUCCAAGAUCCCCAACCCGUGGUCGGCCUUCAAGAACCUCACCGGCUGCCACUUCGGCGAGGAGCAGCAGGGCCUCGCCAAGCUCAAGGACUACCUCUCCCACUUCGGCUACCUUCCCGAGUCGCCGGGGUUCAACGACAUGUUCGACGCCGACCUGGAGGAGGCCAUCAAGGUGUACCAGCGCAACUUCGGCCUCAACAUCACCGGCGCGAUGGACGCGCCGACGGUGGCCCAGAUGAUGGCGCCGCGGUGCGGCGUGGCGGACGUCAUCAACGGCACCUCCAGCAUGGGCGCCGGCGCCGCGUCGCACGCCCACGGCCGGAACCUCUACUCCCACUUCCCGGGGGCCCCGCGGUGGCCGCGCUCCAAGAGGAGCCUCCGGUACGCCAUCGCGCAGACCGCCGCGACGCCCAUCGACCGCGCGACGCUGAGCCAGGUGUUCGCGCGCGCCUUCGCGCGGUGGGCGGCGGCCACGACGCUCAACUUCACGGAGGCCGCGUCGGCGGAGGACGCCGACAUCACCAUCGGGUUCCACGCGGGGGACCACGGCGACGGCGAGGCGUUCGACGGGCCCCUGGGCACGCUGGCGCACGCCUUCUCGCCGACGGACGGGCGGUUCCACCUGGACGCUGCCGAGUCGUGGGUGGCCACCGGCGACGUGUCGCGGGCGUCCUCCGCCGUGGCCGUGGACCUCGAGUCCGUGGCCGUGCACGAGAUCGGGCACCUCCUCGGGCUGGGCCACUCGUCGGAGCCCGGCUCCAUCAUGUUCCCGACCAUCACGUCGCGCACCAGGAAGGUGGACCUCGCCUCGGACGACGUCGUGGGCAUCCAGAGCCUGUACGGGGGCAACCCAAACUUCAAGGGCGUCACGCCGCCGGCCACGAGCAGCCGGGACAUGGACAGCGGCGCCGGCGCGCUCUCCCGGCCGUGGAGCGCGCUGGUCGCCGUCGUGGCCGUGGCCGCCGGGCUCGCGGUAGCGUUGUAGUGAGCGGCAGAUUUUUCCUGUCGCCGUUGACCAUUCAUUCUACUCUGCUCGUUUACUUUUGACCUUCAGCUGAUUUGGAUGGUAGACUAGCAAUUUGUUUGUCUGGGGGGUAAUUCUUGUGUAGAUCAGUAGAUACACAUUUGUAAUUUGCUACUUGUUACAUGGUAGACAGACACAUGGAUUAGUAGCAUCCAACCCUAUUGAGAUAAAAAAAAAAUCAUGUGAGAUGGGGCACUUUUGUUGA